GGUUAUAACUAACAUUAAACACAAUUUUCUUUGUAUCUGUCUAUUCUCAUUUUACCUGUCAAUUUUCAGUAUAGUUGCUCCCAUGCCUGGAGAUAAAGAUAGUUAUGAUAAUCUUGAUAUAAAAGCAUUUGUUAUUGAAUUUAAAGGGGAAAGAGAGGAAAUGCAAGAUUUUUAUAUAUUAAAUGAAAGCUUUAAUGAAAAAAUAUGGCCUACACAAUCAGGAUUGGUUGACAUUAUUCAUAAACCUAAUAUUCGUUUAUAUGGUAUAUUUGAUGGACAUGGAGGAAUUAAAGCAGCUGAUUAUGUCUCUAAAAAUUUUAAUACAAUAUUAGCAGAAAAAUUAUCAAAAAUGAUGGCAGAAGAUAUUCAUUUAAAUAUGAAGAAGAUAUUUAUUGAGACUUUUAAAAAAAUAGAUGAAGAUUUUUUAAAAGAAGCAUUAAAAAACAAACCUCCUUGGAAUGAUGGUUCUACUGGCACUAUAUUGAUUUUCAUUGGUGAUGAUACUUUGUAUAUUGCAAAUAUUGGUGAUAGUAUGGCAGUUCUUAGUAGAUAUAACCCCGUAAGCCAAUCAUAUAAAGCUAUAAAUCUUACAGAAAAUCAUUCUCCCACUGUGUAUGAAGAAAGAGUUAGGAUACAAAAAUAUGGUGGAAAUGUCAUAGAUGGAAGAUUAAAUGGAAUUCUUGAGGUAUCUAGGUCAUUCGGUGAUGGUAAACUUAAAAAAUUUGGCUUAAUUGCAUUACCUAGCGUUAAAAGAUGCAAAAUUCAAUUCAAUCAAGAUAAAAAAUUUCUAGAUGAUUCCGAUAAAGCAUCAACAUCUGAAGAUGAAAGUAGAUUCGUCGCUCAUAACAAUGAUAAUAUUUUACAGCUUUGGAAGCAAGAAAAUUCAUUUCCUUUUUUUUGAAAAAAUAAAAAAUUUUCAGUCCCAAAUUAGGCAUCUAAUGAAAGGUUAUUUUUAUAGCCAAUCUCUUAUUAGAGGAAAGGCGAACACAAAUGGAAAAUAUAACAUGGACUUUCUUCUAUUUUUAAAUUAAAAUUUUGAUUUAUAAAUUGUAAUUAUUUCAUGUUAUUAAUAUGGAAUUAGAGAAUUAAAAAUUGAUAAAAUAAAUUCAAAAGGCUAUAAGGUUUUGAGAAAUUUAAAAACACCGUGAAUUCGGGCGUGACAGCAUGAUCAAAAUAUUGUAUUUCGUGAGCUGGCGCGUUGGGUCAAAAUUUUUUUAAAAGUAAGCGUGAGAGGGCAUGAAUUUUUUUAUUGCCACCUGAGCGGGUGGGUCUUGAAUGAAAAAUUAAGCCCGCGCCCACUUAAUCAGAACAUCAUAAAAAUGGAAAAAACAUUGUAAAAAUAUAUUUACAAAAUAAUAAUUACAUCUCUUAAAAAUCACUUCUACAAUAACUAAAUAUCACUCCGAUAAUGAUUUCACAAUCCUACAACGGUCUUUGAAGCUUUUUGCACAAGUUAACCCCAGUUAAUUGUAUUGAAAUUUUUAGUAAAUUUGCUAACCCUAUUUAUCUACAGAAGUUGCAUUAUUUCUGGUUAAAUAUAUAUUUGUUUAAUCCACCUUUUAAUCUUAUUUGAUUCAAAUUUCAUAUUUCCUUACUAUUAAUUACCAUAACAGUUGUUAUAAGUUAAGGUUUUAAUUUGAUAGGGUAAUAAAAUGAAGGCGACGUAUCCAUGUCUCAGAGUCAUGGGCACCUAACUUAUUUCAGUUAUCCUUAAAAAUAUUUGGAGUCUGAUAUUAUUUUAGGUUUAUAUUUUUCUUUGUAAAGAUUCAUUAUCGUAGCAUGUGACGGAUUAUGGAAAGCAUUUUCUCCUGAA